GGCCGAGUAGAGCAAGGCGCGCCAGACAUGUGGUUCUGUUGCCAGCUGUGGCACUGCACUUGUCUUGGGCAGUUCGACGUGUGGAAGGCUUGGAGCCAGGUUGUGCACCCGACAAAAGCAGCUACGCCAACGUCACCCACCAAAUUCGCUGACAGCGGCUCAAGCGAUGAUGUGAGGCCCAACGUUUAUCUGGAGGGUGUUGAUGGAGAAGAUCAAUCUUGCGCGUCCCCAUCUACCUCUUCGUUCGAGAUAACAGCAACUGUGAGUAAGGCGUUGGACGUGGUCAAUGAGUCUCCGAGAUCUUCUGGAGGUUGUAUGGCUCUUCCAACCGUUAGCAGAAGUGAAAGUCCUCUAUCAGGAUCAUCUCAUCCGGGCAGAGCCAUGUCUAGGAAUUCCUCUUCGUCUUUUGGAGAGGGUCUAGACUCGGAAGCAGCAGGGGAUCACGGAUAUGAGGAAACACUUUCUGUAGAGUCGAGAACUGAACGGACAGAACUGGAAUCUAGGCUUCACUACUGGAACAGAGAGCACAACGUAUGUGCGAGAGAAUACGAAGAAGAAACGGACGAGAGUUCUCGUUGUCCCGAUUUUGGCAGCAGGGAAGAGGUUAAUACUGACAAAUGUGUGGAAUCAUCCGAGGAAGAAAAAGGUGACGAAACAGGAGAGGAAAAGGAGGUGAUAAAGCCGCAGUACAGAAAGAUCUGGGAACUAAGAGCAACGCUGGAAGAGGACGAGGAGCUUGAACAUCUCGUCUCUCCGCUGCCUAAACCACUCAAUUUGUAUAACCCUUCACCUGUUCAGUCCCCAGAAACUGAGACUGCGUAUGAACAUGACGACACUUUGCCAAGAUGUAGGUCUUCUUUCAGCUGCUGGCCAUCCCGUGCAUCAGUACCACCUCUGAGAUUAGCUCGACUACCACAACACAGGGGUAAUCAGGCCAGCCCUACUGAACCCGACAGUGAGGUUCAAGGAGCACUAGAACUGCAGGCUUCGGGGAAUAUAGAAAAGGAACUACCAGCCACAGCUACUAUCGAAGAAAGUCAAGCAUCUGCACUACAUCAGCUACGUGCUGAGAGUGCCUGCCGUAGUAUGGACUACUCUCCAGUGUCUAAUUUCUCAUUAAGCUAUUUCCAUACCGAGGGUAAUCAUGGCGCCGAUGAAUCCUCAUCACAAGCUGGUCAAGGACUUCCUCUCGUGGGGGAUGAUGAUAAGGAGAAGCAGUUUGUUAGUUCCGAUACUUACGAAGAUACCGUUGUACCAAUAACGAGUGAAUGCGGAGCCAUGGCUUCACGUCGAGGACCUGACAACGACGGAAGUAAAUCGGCCCCAUCUCCUAGUGAGGUAAGAGAUCAGCAGCCAACCACUUCAGGCGCUAAUGCAGGGGACCGCGGUGCCGCUACCACUCGCUGCAAGCAUUUGGACAUUGAAAGCAGUGAUGAUGAGGCCGAAGGUGCAGCCGCACUGCGACGCCCAGAAGGUGAAGCGGGUCCCGCGUGGGACAGCAGGUUCAGAUGCAGCCCAUCUUCGGGUAGGCAUAGGGCACUCGGAUUGUACCGUGUUAUGGCUGCAAUAGCCAAUCUAGAAGAUGACGACCACCAGCUGCUUUCUAGCCAGUGUUCGCCAGGAAGAAGUUUCCGACGGGACUACAGUGUAGAUCGGAAGUCGGAUGCCCUCUUUCGCGAGUUCAGUCAGUACGAAAAGGGCAAAGGUGAAAUUUUUCCGCGGAGACGCAGAACUGGUAUUCGUCGACACACUACUCGAAACCGAAAUGUAGCUCCUAACCAGUCUCCCUCUCUCCCUCCAAGAAUAUCUCCAAGGAAGUUUACAAAGAAUGACGGUAAUUUGACGGAUGUACCACCACUAGGAACAAAAUUAUUGAUUCCCUUUCCCAACGAAGAAAAUGUCUCAGAGUGUUCUUCAGCACUUGCAGGAGAAGACAAUUCGUCCGAAUGAGCUCUACCAAAGACUUCACGGAACAGUUUGUGUAACGACAACCAGUGAAAGUCAGCUUCCUGUUAAGGAAUUUUUUUUAAGGAAAGUCUGAUUAAGUAGUCUACAAAAUAUUAAAGGAAAAAAAAAUGCUGUUCAUGUUUCUCAAGUUGCUGCAAACUGCACAAGGGCUGUGAUUGUGAUUACCAAAUUUAAGUAAUCAGCACAAAUAUGAUGUAAAAAUUCUAGACUAAAUGAACCUACCAACAUUUAGUAAAUAAGUCAAAAUAUUGACCAUUUAUAUUGAACAGUCAUGCUACAAUAUCUUAAAUUUCCCUUCAAUGAGUAUGUUCUUAACAGAUCAUGCAAGUCGUGUCUCUGGUAAACCUUCACUCCAUACCCUCCAACUUUUCCACCGUAUUUGCUGCUCUCGUAUAAAAAGGGAAAGUUUUUGGUAUUUUUGAAGUUUAUAGAUUCCUCACUAUCACUGCAAGAUGGUCAUAUUUUGACAAAGCUAAAAAGUUGAAAUUUGAAAUGCUCUUGAGGAUUAGUCUUAAUUUUUUCAUCAAAACAUGAUAAAACAACACAGUUGAAUGAUAUAGUUGUUUAAGAUCAGUCGAGUGCUAUUAUAUUAAUAUUUAAGACAUUGCAUGAUAAGUUAACAUUCAUGUAAUGCAUGUAACAAAUAUUUUGGUGUUUGUGAAUCACAUUGUUAUCCAUGAAAGCUAAGAAGUAUUUUGACGAAAACUCUGCAGUAAUCUAUAUACAAAUCGCAACUUUCAAACGAGAAAAAAAGCUAUCAUUGCAGGAGUAAUUGUUGCUCACAAAUCCUAUCACGAAAAACACAAACCAAACUGAACUGAUAUUACAUCAGAUACAAAUAAUGGCAGAAGUUGUCUUAAGUAUUGAGCUAUAAUACAUGUUAUACUAUAAUUGACAGACGUAUUUGAUAGUUAGGAGUGAAGUUAUUUUUAAACAAAGAUCGGAAAACUAAAAAGUAAAAAAAGGAUCGCUGUCGUAAUCAGUUGUACGUAUUUGAUGUUCACUCUGGGAAAAACUGUGUUGUACUCUGUCUACGCACUCGGCAGCAUAACGUCAUUUUCUGAAAAUAAAAUCUUGUUUAUCAUAUCUCCCUCAAUAUCAUGAGAAUAGCUAGUUAUAUUUAUGAAUAAUUAGGGUUUAUUCCUUUGAUAUUACGUAUUUUUUACUGUGAAUACUUUGCGAGACUGAAUUAUUGCUGAAAACAGUGCUGUUUCCAGUAGAAGAAAGUAGUAGACCUUCAACAGUUUUUCUAUUUUCUUAUAUCACGUUAAGUACUUUUUGUGCAGCUAUUGAAUGAUUUAGGUACAGGACAUGAUCUGUUUAUGUCAAUUGUGAACGUUUAUAGGCUUUUCAACUGCCAAAUAGCUUCUUAGUGCAUCUCAGAAAUAUUUGUGGACCAAUUAGCUAUUACAAGUAUAGAUUUUCAGUAUAAGCUGAGACGUGGAAGGUAGCUUCAUUAUAGAGGGUUAGCAAAAGCUGCUACUUAGUUAUGGAAGUUUUCUGUUUCUGUAAAUGAGAGUGUCUGGGAUGUGAUCUCUUAAAUUCGUGUGACGAAAUUAUGUAAAUGAGUGACGUUGUACAGCUUAUACUAUAAAAAUUUAUGAUUAAAUACUCUGUCCCAUUUGUAAGGCACUAUCCGAAAAAUAUAAUUUUUAUAAAUGGGGAGUGUUUAAUAAAUAUAUUGAAAUAUGUGAGAAAUAUCACUGUAAAGUAUUCGAUACUCCAAGAUAUAAUUCUAAGAGUAAUAUAGUAGAGAUAAUGCAAUAGCAAUGUGGGUGUUGCUCUGGAACCCAGCUGUUUUGUUGGUUAUGAAUUUUCAUGUCCCAGCAAGACUGCAUUGUAAUGACUGCAGAAUAAUUAUCAAAUCUCUGGAAAACAGUCUAUUAUUCCUGACACCAGGUGAACUGGUAGUGCACAAGUUUCUCAGACCUUUGCUCACAAAAUUAAACAUCAUCUAGAUGUAUGAAUUUUUUGAUAUCUGUCAGCCACAGCAUAGAUUUCUGUAUUGGGAUAUGGGAAUGCAUUGGAAUCUUGGAGCAUAGUUCCAGAGAAACAACGUUUUGAUUUUCAGUGACUGAUAUUUUGAUACAUUUUCGUAUAGUAAUACAACAUAAAUCUAGAAUUACUCUGCAACUUUUAGAUCUCACAUUAGAUUGUGAAAGAAGCUUGCAUCUUUGCAAAAUAUUGCUUUUGCUUCUGUAGACAUUUUUGGGAUCAAAUUUGAAUCAUUUCAGCCACACAUUCUCUUCCCUACAGGGAAACUUAGGGCUGUGUUCAAAGCUUAUUUUAUUCAGACUAGAUCUGACUGUAUAUUAUUUUAAUUGCAACGUGACUAACAGAUGAUUGAGUGAAGGUGUAUUUUCAUAAUUGUUGUUGAUGUGAGUGUUACUUUUCAACUAUUUGAAAUUCCUGGACAAAACUGUCUGACUUGCAAAUACUUCUAAUGACGGUUUAUAUUUUCCAAUGCUACAUGCUCCUCUCCCAUCAACUAUGCAUGCUGAUGUUGCUGCAGAUACUGAAACUCAACAGUUCAGAGUUUCUAUACAGUCUUAUGAAACAAACUUUCAUACUGGAGAAUUUGUUUAUAUUUUGACACAUAUGGUCCAGCCUCUUCAGACUGUCCUGCUUCCAUCUGUCUUCUACAUUUGUUAUUAACUUUUCCAUUUAGUGCAACCGUUUCGACGCCAAUUGCGUUCAUAUAAACUUCUGUAAGACCUGCAAUUGCGUCAGAAAUGUUUUAAGAUAGAUACUGUGCAUAAAUUGCAGAUUUAACCAAUAAACCUAUCUACAGUACUUUGUUAGCACUUCUCUGUCACAUUAAUGUCACUCACUUUGCAUAUUCAAGCGAUAGCAGAGUAAGACUUCUAAAAACGCUCUGUUGUGAGUUCUCUUCUCUUCCAAAUUUUCUAUUUUAGGAAGGAAAGAUUCGUUUCCUGUUCUUGAAUUCUAAGUGAUUACAUUAUUGGUACGGUUAGACAAAUACAUUAAUGGAGGACGAUAAUCAAAUUUUUAUGUUUGAAUAGAUGAUGUUUAGCAAACAACUAUAAAUUUCUUAAGGAACUUUAGGAGCUACUGUUACUCAUUCUGCUUUGCACCAUUCCAAAGCUUUAUUUCAAAAGCUUUCUUUCUACUGGCAAAGUGGAGUGUAAUUCUUAGAUCCAAGAAAUUUGUUUAAAUCUGAGUUAAGUUUUACGAAAUUUUGCCAUCUGCGGCUAACAAUGAACUGUAUAAAUCUACUACUAGUAAUGUGCACUAAAGAGUAUUUGGUUUUUAUCACUCAUUGUUUUAUAAAGCAUCACAUCCUAAGUUUUAUGAUAAUAUCUUAGUUAAGGAUCAAUAAUAGACGUCAUUCAGAGAUAUGAUGACCAUUUGGCAGUGGUAACUGACUUCCACAAUUCUGUUUAUGAUAACAGUGUACAGUUAAAACUACAUCUAUGAGUAAAAUGGCUUUAAUGUUGUAAGCUAGGGAGAACAUAAAAUAAAAUAUAUGAUACAAUUAUUGUAUGAAGCUCAACAAACAGAGCUCCUUUUCCAGUAUUAUAUUUUUGAUGUGCUUUCAAUUGUAGAUACUCAUACAUUUUAGUAUUUGUAAAUAUAAUAGUGUUUCCAUACAAUGAAAGAUCAAAGAAUAUUGAAAGAGCAGAAACAUCAUACAUUCCUCAUCAGAAGGGCAGUUAAUCAUCAGUAUUUAUUGAGUUUCCAUGCUCUCAAUGCACAAUUUAUAAAUCGUUAGUUACCUGGAGUCACUCCAUUGAAAUUAGAACUCAGAAGUUAACCUAAAUUUAAACAUAUUCCAAUGACAAUACUUCUCUUUGUUUGUCUUAUUGACUGGUGUAUGUUUGUGGGAAUGAGUGUUUAGUGAGGAGUGUUGAGUGAAAGAGCGUGUGAAAAAGAUUUUAGUACCUCUUUGUGAACCAUUUUAAGGUGCCAUACUUAGUUCUCAAUCCAUAAGUCAUUGUUAACUCCAAGGAAAGACUUUCAGUAUAUGCACUCACAAGAGGAAAAUAGCAUAACGUGCUUGUAUCUAAUUUUUGGGGUGAUGUUACUUAGCUAAAGGCAUAUUUGAGAUCAUUGAAGAUAUAUGAAAUAUUCAAAUAAAUUGGAUUGACAAGAUGUGGUGUAAUGGAAUAAGAGUGAGUAGCUUUGAUUAGUAAAAUGUAGUUCUUCCUUUCUGAGAUGUUUGUCUAAUAAUUAAUUCAGUAUGUAAAUAUACCAUAAAUUAAUGAAUGUAAGUAAAAAUCGUUGUAUAUGUGAUAUUAGUGGUGACUGUCAAUAAUAUCUGUAAAUAUGUUCACCAUGUAGACCUUUUAGUUAAGUAAUAUCUACUCAGAAACCAGUAUCAUAUGUUGUAACCUGGAGAUAAAAGGGGGCUGUUCUCCAUCAUUUUCAACUAAAAUAAAAUUGUUUUCUAGAAGUGUACUUUUCAAACCUUUCCAAAAUCAGUUUCAUACCUAAAUUUCAGCAGUUAGAUGUCAAUGUAGUAGCAGUAAUGGAAAAAAUGUGAAUGAGCUUAAAGUGUCCAUACACACACACACACACACACAUAUAUAUACACAUGGAGAGAGAGAGAGAUAUACAAUUAAAAUCGCUUAUCUAUACAGUCGUUGAUUAACUUUGUCAUUAUAGUUGCAUUGAUAAAUUGUUUAAGAAAUUCUAAUAAAAAUUAUUAUAUUUUCCUCUAAAGAACGUGUGACUGCCACCUUUCCUUACCUCAGUCCAUAGCCUGCACUUCAUAGACUGCACUGUCCAAUGCACUGCAUGAGUAUACAGAGCAAUGAUACAUUCUCAACACUACUACAGGUACAUGAAAAAUUCCGAGUAUCACAGUUAUCACACAUGAGCUGCAUAUCAACAGUGAGGAGGUAAUAUGAAAGAAUGAGAUACGUUAUGAAAAUAGAAAUAUUGAUAAUUGUAGAAAUGAAUAAUACAGUGCGAUAAGAAAAGUAUCACACAUGAAAACAAAUGCGUCUCUAAAUAAUCAUUGCAUUGCUUUCAUUUGAUCAGCAAUAAAAGGUAGAUAGCACCACAUGUAUUACCAACUAAAGACAAAGACUCAAUUUCAGUGGUCACAGGUCAAAUAACGUCUGUAGUAUUGCACGGUUUAUUCCUUCCUAAUUAUUUUGCCUUCCCAACAGCAAGAGGUAUUGAUCCCUCGAAAGUAUUUUGCAGGUCGUUUGUGUGGACGUAUUGGCGGCUUGUUUCGUGAGAAAUAUCUAGGAGUCACUGUACAAAACAAUUUGACAAUUGUGAGAUAAAACGGCCGUUUCCAGGAAUGCAGAUCAUUAGCAGACAAAAAGAAAAUCAGGAGUCAGGAUGCUAAACUGGCUGAGAUGAAGGAUGUGGUGUAGAGUUCACCUUCCAAAAAUUUGACAAGACUACCGAUCCAAUUUCAGAUUUCGUAUAUUAGUACUUAUAAAGUGAUGCAUAUCAUGCUAAUAGUGUUCAGGAACUGAUAGCGCCAGGGAAAUAAAUCUGGCUAGUGUACAGUUAAUACCUUCGUACAUUAACUAACUCUUCCUCACUGAUGAGACGUGGUUUCACCUUAGUGGAGAAGUGAAUCGACAAAACACAGGAAUCUGGUCAGCAAAAGUCCACAUGUAUUUCAAGAAAACUGUCAGAAAAUUGAUAGUGGACACUGCUUUUUUUAAAUUACAGUGAACAGCGUUGUUUACCAAGUCAUUAUUAGACAGCCUAUUUCUCUUCUUGGGCCAGAUGAUUGCAAAUAUCAGUUAAAAUCGAAAUAGAUAAUUUCUUAAGUGAACUGGUUUGUGACCCAAUCACGUGUAAAGGAGUAUGGCUCUCACGUUCUUCCCAUUUAAUGCCUCCAGACU